AUGGACCUUAUUACAGGGUACUUCAGACACACAAGAAAAAUAAAAUACAGAUGUGAUGCAUCGAUCAGUUUGGUGUAUGUUUCUGAGAUAUCUGAUCCAAACAUGCCUGAUGAGUACUUGGUGUUUGAUGAGUAUGGAUCUAUGCUCAUAUUUACCUGUGUUAAAGAUAAUAAGACUUUUGAGGGAUGCCUGAAGUACAAACUAGGGAGUAAAAACAAAUGCUUUGAACUUUCUGCACAUCCAUGCGGUGAUGUGAGUAUUCUGAUAGACGGUAAGUGCCUUUAUGUGCAUUCCAAAGAUUCAGACACACCUACAAGACAUUUAAUAUUUUCAGAAGGAAUGUUAAAAGACAGUUGCAAUACAUCAUGCCUAGAACAAUCAGAAAGCGAAGAAUCGAGAUAUUACGGCGGUAACGAGGAUAUUUGUGAGCAAUACCAAAAAUGCAAUUCCACAGGACAUGCAUUUAUAGUAGUUUCAUUUCUGAAGUCAAUAGUGCCUGAGUGUCAUACAAAAUUCUCGCACUUUUGCAUUUCUAAUGCUGAACCAGUAUAUGGACAGGUGCUGGCUUGUUAUGCUAAUGGAGUGAUUGUCUAUCACACUAUUACAUCACCUGUAUUCUUAAAUUUCAACGAACUAUUUUCUAAACAACAGUAUUUCACAAAGCUCAGUGGCAUUCCAUACUUUCCACACACUAACUUCAUCAUAAGCAGCGAUUGGAAGCAAAUAUACGAGUCAAGGGAGUAUGCGUUUAGAUAUAGCUAUCCAUUUAAGUUUCUUCGCAAGGUGUUAGGAUUGAUCUUGCUGGAGGAGAGGAUUAUGUUUUAUUCAGCACAAGACUCGUCUCUAAAAGUGAUGCAAAUCCUGGAUCUUGCAAGACCAUUCAAAUGGCAUCAUAUUUUAUGCAUGCCUCUUGUUGAUGAGAUGCGUGAGAUUCUUAACAGCCCCUUGCCAUUUAUUGUAUGCACAAGCCACAGAAUUGAAAUAAAAGACGUUAUGAUUGUUGACUUGGAUCGCUUAACAAUUCAUGGAUGUAAAAGAAGCAGCAUUCCAUUACGAGAGAGUAAAGAAAGCAUUGCUAAUAAAAGCAGCAUAGAGAGCAUAAAAAGUUGUAUCAGGUCAAUAGUUAUCGAAGUGACUUUCUGGAGAGAGUAUUUGAUCAAAAGACAUGGAAGUGAGAUUCUAGAGCUGAUUGUGGACGAUCCUUCUGCAUUCCUUGGCAAAAAUCACGGGUUCUACUGCGAUUUUUUCAAGACACGGAUGUUUUUGAUGUUUUUUACAAGAAUGCAGGCACAUUUAUGCAGAUACUUGGUAGAGAUUGGAAGUGAAAUGUCAGUGACGUUGCUUCCAUAUGUUUUACUGAGCCAAGAGGUAAGGCCAGCGAUUAUGAAUCUUUGGAUUGAAUUGUUUGAUGGAGAUAUGAACUCUGUUAUAGAUUAUCUUUUAUGCAAAAACAUGCUUCAAGAGGCAGCAGGUGCUGUUUUAAAGAGAUUAAGCCAUGAAAAGAACCAUGAUGGAAUAAGGAAAAUCAUUUCACAUCUUAGUACUCCAAAACACGAUAUCUUCAUGAAUAUCAACUCUGUUUCUGAGAUGCCAUGCAUGGACUUUGGAGAUCUCUACUUCUACAAGAUAUUUCAUCUGAAAGCAUGCGAAUGCAGAGCUUUGGAGUUUGACAAUGAAAGUCUUGAACCAAAUUCUAAUUGGAAUGGCAGGGAGAAAAUGCGAUCUGAAAUACGAAGUAUAUUAACAAACAUGGAUCAAGAUGUCUUUGACGAAAAUAUAUCUAAAUGCAAAGGAUGUACAACCAAAAGAUCAAUGAUCCUUAUUUGUGGUCCUAAUGAGUAUGCAUAUCUUUGCUUCUUACUUGCACAUGAAAAUAUAAUACCUAUGCUAAAGUACUUUGGAUACAGCAAUGCAUUUGAGAAAGCACCACAAGCAUAUUGGAGCAUUGUAGUCUACUUUAUGUAUUUCAAUUUUCCAUUGAAGGGAGGUCUUGUGGAUAAGAAAGUUGAUAUUCUAAUGAAAGAGCUUCCGGAUCUUGACCUUCGACUAGAUGGCAGGCCUUUGUUGUAUAUCAAUCCAUAG